GUACGUCGGCAGUAAAUUGGGAAUUGUACGAAAGCUUGCAUUGAUUUCAUUGUUAGAAGCGAUGCAUCAACAGAUCAAUACAGGAGAUAUAUGUGUAAAUUAUACGUGAUUACAAUAAGCUCGCUUUCAUUGCGGCCCAAACUAUGCACACCCCGCAGUAGGAAGUUAGCGGUUUCAAAUGCAUUUGUCAAGUACAAUUUCCCCUAUUAAUGUCACGACAUGUUCGUAACUUGGUUGUCAUAGCGGCUGUCGUGGCCUGGGUCAGCGUCUGCAUUACGCGCAGGACGGGAGCAUCAGCUGUGAUAUGCCUGGAAUGCGAUUCAUUAUGGGAUCUCAAACCUUUGCAAUCCGGCCCCACUUUCGAGAGUCUGAACCAAGCUGCCGGUCGCAACCAUACCGAACUCGUACUCAUCACCGGCGACACCUCAGCCAGCCUCUCGCUGGCCAAGCCCCAAUUUGUUCAUGAUACGCUUAUCAGCGCUUCAGGGGAAUCAAGACCGGCUCUAUACCUGGGCGCCUACCCACAGCAGCUGCUGCUGGGACCAGACGUGGUGGUCACGCUGCAGGGCCUCACUCUGCACAACCUGGUUGCCAACUUCACAAUCAGUACCGCCACCAACAACGACACGACCACUACCACCACCACCACCAACAACAACAAUGGCAACGCGGCGGCGCAAUGGUUGCUCUCCCUGGAGUCGUUCUCGUUGUCUCCGGGAUCACAGUUGCGAGUGGUGGGCUGUACACUUGUACUGCAGGAUUGCCACGUGGCGCAGAAGUUGUACGACGAGGUGGCAUCGGCGGCGGCGGCUUUGCCGCCAGGCAUCCAAAUCACGCAGGAUCUGGCCCCCGAUGUGAGCAUCUCCAAGUGGCUCACCACCACCAACACCUUCACCACCUCCACCACCAGCGGACAGUUGGAGCUGCUGGAGGUGAAGAUGACAUGUAAUCAGCCCGGAGUGGUGGCGCUGCCAAUGUACUGGGUGAGCAGGUCCACCGCCGCCGCCGCCUUCGCCGCGGCGGGGACGGCGGCGACGGCUGGCGGCGGCAUUGUUGCGGCCAACGCCAGCGGCGCCGCCGCCAACGCCGGUCCCCUAGCCCAGCCAUCACGAAUCGCGCUGCGCAACAUCACGCUGGUCCUGGCGCAGGACGAGCUGUACUACGUGAGCACGUGGCUCCUGUCGUACAUGAAUGGCUCUUCACCCCUGAAGAAGCUGGAUGCGGUCCAGUCGGCAUGGCUGGCGGGUAUUGUGUCCGAGGCUGUGACCCAGUACCCCUGGACACCGGGUUCCGUCUCCUUCGCCCGCCUUAGAAUGAUGGACCUAGACGCCACCUACCUGACCCUCACAACCAGCAGCAGCACCACCACCACCACGACGCCCGCUCCACCAGCACCAAUUGGCAUCUCACAGUUCGCCCCCACACCGUACGACCCGUACCCCCAAAUCGUGGUCCUCAGCUCCAGCUCGGCGCUGACGGCGGUACUGAACACCUCUUCCACCUCCCCUUCCUCUUCCGCCGCGGCCGCCCUCACGCCCCUGGUUUCGGAGCCGGGAGUGUAUGAGGCCUACCCUGGAGUGCCCACAUUGGCGGCGGUCAUGCUGCGGUACGGCAAGGACAGCAGCGCUAGCAACAGCAGUAACGGUAGUACGGCAGUUGUCUACCAGCCAGUGAAGUACGGCGAUGUGGUGCUGCGGCGCAGCUUCCUUCUAAUGCCGUACCCGGAAGCUACGGCCCCCGAAACGGUGGUGUUGGACCUCGGCCAGACCCGAGCCCCAUGGGUUGUGUGGGCCGGCAGUAGCAGCGAUGUGAGCCUGACGCUCCGAAACCUGACCCUGGUUGGAUUAGUCAGCCCCUCCCGGUGGCCCUCUGACCGGCUGGUGCGCUGCCUGGAUUUGCCGCUGUGGGCGCUGUGGGCCGGUGGGGGUGAGGGCGAGGUGGAGGGUGAGGCGGGCGGGCCGUCAGCAGCUGCGGCGGCGGUGCGUGUGGUGGUGGAGGGAGGCACCGUCAGCGUGUCGAGUCAGGAGCUGGAACUCCCCAGCGGGCCUCUGUACAUUGAGUUGAUGCAGGGCAUGGGCGUGCGCCUUCAAAACGUCGUACUCCGUAAUGACGUGGCGCCGUACCAUCGUUACGACCUAGAGGAGCUGCUGCCAGACGGUCCAGAGCUGGCUCCAUUACUCGCUUCCUACCUCCCCCUAACCCGCAUUCCCUGCCCCACUGCAUGCAUGACCUCUCUUCACUAUACGGCUCCCUGGGAACUGGACGUCGUACGGCGAGUAGCGCCUUCAUGGGAUACGGACCCCACCUCCGUCAGCGGCAGCAGCAGCAGCCCCGGCAGCAGCAGUAGCAACAGCCGCGGCCGGAUGUGGGUCAUUCCCGUAGUUGUAGUGGGUGUGGUGGCGCUUCUGAGUACCGUACUGCUGUCUUCCGUGUACUUGCGUCACCGCCGCCAAUGGCGGAAAAGCGCCGGCAGCGGGGGUGGCGCGCCGGCGCCGUACAUUAACGUGCACAUGCUCAAAAUGAUGGCAGAAAACACGCUGCGACCAUAUUACAGCAUGGCGUCGCGGCACGCCAAGGCGGACAGUUCAGCGAGGCGAGACGAUAGCGGAGGUGGCGCCGGCGUACUGGGGACGGCUGCAGCGUCGGUUGCGUCGGUGGCGGACCUGCGCAACGGCAGUGCCGGUAGGGCCAUCUCGCGCUUUGGCAAGACGUCGCAGGCGCGCGGCGGCCGCUUCCGGGAGGCCAGCUCAGGCCACGCCACGACCCGCGCCAGUAGUGCAGAUGACGGAGGCGGCGGUGGUGGCGGUGGUGGCGGAGGCGGGAGCUUCAAUGCAUGCAUUUCAACGCGCCUUGCGGGCCCCGCGGGCCCUAUGGAACUCGGCCUAACUACUGAACUGGCUCGUACUGCACCGGCCUUUCCUGGCGGCGGCGGCGGCGACGGUGGUGUUGUGCCCUCAUUUGCGACGCCGUCGGCAGCCGAGUACAGUGCAGGAAUGACGAGGCCCCUCGCCACGGUAGACAGGAACGACAGUUAUACGGCGGGUCUGGCGCCGCAGUGGGCGUCCGCAGGGUAUGCAUGGCCCGCAGCCUUUAACUUUCCGUACGGCAUUUACGGGAAUACGAUAGUUGCGCCGUACUAUGGAAACCUGAACGGCUUCUGGUCUGGCUGGGGAGGUGCUGAGCCCUGGUACAUGUCGUGGCCGUCGGGAGCUGUCGCGGCGGCAGCGCCGUACACAGCACUGCAGCCGCCUUCGCCGCUGCCGGCGGCGGUGGCGACGACAGCGACCGAGGCGGCAACGACAGUUGAAGCAGGACCACAUGUACUUCCGCAUGCUGUCGCUGCCGCCAUCCGGCAGACGGCAGCGACGCCAUUUCUUCAUGCUGCAGCGGUGGCCGCCGCCGCUGUUGCCGCGGCCGACGGCACGGGGCCCGGCGUGCCCGGCGAAUCUGACGUGGGGACGCCGGCAGCAGCGCCAGGUCCUCCGGAUCCGGACCCGGAUUGGCGACUCCAGCCCACAACCCACGUCUCCGAGCACGUCCAGACCAACCGCAGUCCAAACCUGCUCUGGCUUAACACCACAGUCGCGGCUGCACGCUUUGUAGAGGACGAUGACGCGUCAAGCCCCGCAGCCGCGACAGCAGCAGUGGCAGGGGCGGGUGACAGCGCCUUCGAAGCCGUUCGACAUCAGCUGCUUCAUAUCAGCAAUUAUACUCCGUUUGGGCGCAGCAGGGCCGUUGCCGCCGCUCCCGAUGUCGCCUCCGCUGCUGCGGUUGCUGCCGCCACCAGCGGUCAUAGCAGCGCCAGCGGCGGCGGUGGCGGCGGCGGCGGCGGCUCUGUCACACCGGUGCCCACAUCGUCACGGCGGUCAAGCGCCGCCGCGCGUGCAGAGUCCAUGUCGCCGCGAAGCGCUGCCGCCGUCGCAGCGGCAAGCGACGGCAGCGAUGGCGGCGGCGGUGGUGGCGGCAGCACGCUCACACCCGUGGACGCUGGCGGCAGCGGCGGUGGAAACGCUCGCGGGCCGGUGGCGCUGGUAGCUCCCGCAGCCGGUUCCGAGCACCUCAACCAGCAGCAACAGCCGCAGCAAUUUAAACCCCAGCGCUUGAUGCGCUCCACCUCGGCCGCCAGCAGCAUAGUGAGGGGGGCCUUUCCGCGCCUUGAAGACCAUUCCUGGGGAGCUGUCACGGCCGCAGUAGGCGACGCUAGCGGCGGCGGCGGCGGCGGACCCGCUGGCGGCAGUACCGCAUUUUCGGCAUUGGCGCCGCUGAUGGCGGCGGCAGCGGCGGUGCUGCCGGCGGGGGCGGGUCGUCGGAACAGCCGGGGCCAGUCGGGUGUCCUGGAGCUGACGGCGGCGGCAGCGGCGGCAGGGGCUAGCAGUACGGAAUCACCGCCGUCGCCGCUGGAGGGCACAUCGCCAACCGGCCAGCCGUCUCUGUCAGCUGCAGCUGCGGCGGUAACGGCGGCGGCGGCGGCGGCGGGGGGGGGAGCACGCGGAGGUGGUCCCUCCUGGCUGCCCCCGACGACGCCGGCGACUAGUCCGCGAAUGGUUCGCAAGUCCCCUUUCUUGGUCAAGGCCUCAACCGCGUCUCGCAUGGCGGACACCUCCGCGGGCAACUCCUCCGAUAACGCAAACAAUGCUACAGCCGCCAAAACGGACGUCGGUAGUGGUGGCAGCGGCGGCGGCGGCGGCUCCAUCCUUCAUCAGACCUUUUCGGAGCCCGUCCGGGGGGCGCGUACGGCGGCAGUGGCGGCGGCGGCAACGGACUGGCAAGCCGGCAGUGGCGGCGGCAGCGCCGCUGCAUCACCGGGCGCACCUCCCCCAGGCGCCAAGCCUGGUCUGGGGCGGCUACUGGUUGGCUCGUUGUCCAAUCUGUUUCGAGUGGAUAGCUUGGCGGUCGGCUUACAGCGGCCUGCGUCGCCGCCGCCGCCGCCCGCGGCCCUGGCACCCAGCGGCGGCAGCCUGACAGCGCCGUUAAAUCGUGCAGCGGCCGUACAAGUGAUGGACGUACGGCAGGGCGGUUCGCCGACGCCGAGUGGUGUUGGCGCGCAGAUGCGGAUGAGCAAUGCGGGAGGUGGCGGGGCGGCGGUGGGGCCGGGAGCGGCGGCGAUGGCAGCGGGGCUUCCGACGGGGGGUCCCAGCCGCGGCCUUGUCGGCGGCGGCCGCUCCGUGUCCAGUGCCGCCGCUGCCUCCGGUGACCUGGGCGCUGCUCUGAGCGAGCUGACUGCGGACUUUGAGAGUCGCUUGAAUGAGAACCAACUUGUCAUUCAACAAGUGCUGGGGUCGGGGGCGUUUGGAACGGUGUACAAAGCCCUGUGGAAGGGUCUUCAAGUGGCCGUCAAGACCCUGACCCUGACCUCCGACGCGGUGGCUGCGGGCCGUCACGCGGCGCUGCUGGAGGCCGCGCUGUCCAAAUCGAUCUUCCAUCCCAAUGUGGUCACCACGUACACAUGCGACCUGAAGCCCAUGCAUGUGGACAGCCGCAAAGGGGGGGCCAUGACGGGGCUGCAGAUACUCAACGAGACGGAGGUCAUCCAGGAGUGGAGGCUGUACAUCGUGCAGGAGUACUGCGACGGCGGCAGCCUCCGUCACGCCAUUGAGACCCGGUCCUUCCUGAACCAGUCCACGGGUAGUCCCCAGAUGGAGUGGGUGCUGCAGAUGGCGAGGGAGGUUGCGGCGGGGCUGCAGUACCUGCACGAACACAACAUCAUCCACGGAGAUCUCAACCCUGCGAAUGUUCUGCUCCGUCGCGACGACGCGAGUGUGUUGGGCUACCGGGCCAAGAUUGCGGACUUUGGGUUGUCGGUGCACAUGGCUGCGGAACAGAGCCACGUGUCGAACACCAAGAGGGGGACGCCGUUCUACACAGCACCGGAGGUGACUCACGCCGGCAACCUGACGCGCUUCGCCGACGUCUUCUCGUACGGUGUCGUACUCUGGGAGCUGUACUGCAGUCGUUCCUGCUGGAUGUACGGUCCGCAGGGUCGUCUGAUUCACCAGCGCGGCUUCCCGCACCUUCCGCCCAGCUGCCCCCGUGCCUUCGCCCAGCUGAUCAGCAGCUGCAUGCAACCGGCUCACAAACAGAGACCCACGUUCAAACAGAUCGGGGUGAUGCUGGAGGGAAUGAUCAGGGAAAUGGAACGCGCCGCCGCGGCCGCGGCCGUCGGUACUUUGGGCGGCACUGCAGCCGCUACAGGAGCCGCUACAGCCACAGCCACAACCGCCGCUACAGCCGCAGCCUCUACAGACGGUUCAACUGCAGCAGAGCAGCCGCUGCCUCCAUCGGCCCCAGCAGCGGCGCCUAUGAGCUUGCAGUCCCCCUAUCCCAACCCGCCGGCGGUGGCGAACGGCAUCGCUGAUACCGUACAGACCUGGACACCACAGACCGGCCGCGCCGCUCCGGAACCAGGAAUAGCGGUCGCUGCCGUGCAGGGCACCUCACCGGGUUUCCCCCUGAUGACGCUUGGCGAGGAGGCAUUGCAACCGUCGGCCAUAUCUGCUGCAAUUGCCGCUGCUACUGCCGCUACUGCGAGUGACUUUGAGUCCUCGUCGGAGGCGGGCGCCGCCGCUUCAGCUGCGGCCGCCGCUGCUGGUACAGUUGCCAUACCUGCAGUUGCUGUAUCGGCGGCGGAAGCAAGUGAUGGCGGCGGCGGCGGCUGUGGGAGCGGUGGACCUACGCCGUCAGCGCUGCUGGCGGGUGUAAUGCGCGCGUUCGACAUUCCGGCUGAGGCGCCGCGCUUCGCACCGCCUGACCUGCCCACGGUGCCAGAGGCGGAGGACGAGCCCACUAGCGGCGCAUCACUGACCCAUGGGUCACCAACCAACUUAGCUGCCCUGGAGCCGCCCACCAUCUCGCCGUCAGCUGACGAUGAGGGCAGCAAAGCAGGUGUGGAGCUCACAGAGGUGCUCCUGGAGGAGGGACCCUCCAUCGGCGAUAAGAUCAGCGCCGGCGGCGGUGACAUAGCCGGCGGCGGCGGUGCUGCCAGUGAAUCCAAUGCCGUACGUACCAGCCGUAUCCACUCCGCUCCGCUGCACCGCCCGUUGGAGGGGCGCUACUUUCCCGGCGCGGUGACGGUGGUGAUGGCGGAGCAUGCGGCGGAACCAGUCGAUCUGGCUGCUGCCGUACGACGGAGGCGCAGUAGGACCACAUCAGGGGUAGUCGGUAUGGCGGACGACGACGGCAGCGGCUGCGAAGUCUGCAGAGCUGGCGGUCGCAUGGUGGCGGCGUCACCGCCAUGGGAGCUGUCUGAAUCCGAAUCCGAAUUUUCCUUGCAGGGCCUGCCGGCGGCGAAUGAUGACCUCGAGUCCCCUCAAAGACUCGGAAGUACGCCGCACGAUACUGCCGAACAACUUGGGAAAAAUCUUCCUCAGCCGAGGUUAAGCCGCGGCUCCACGGGUUCCUUGGGACGGCAGCAGCAGCAGCAGCCGCAGUCCCGCCUGGGGAUGAUGCCGCAUUACUUUCAGCGGCAGUCGCCGCUGCCGCUGCCGCCGCAGCGGCGGCGGCGGCAACGGCUUCUUCAGCAGCGGUCGCCGUUCAGCAGGUUGUCGCAAACCAGCACAGCGGAAAGCAGCUUUGACGAGGGUGACGCCGCCGACGACACGGAUGGCUCACAAGAAACGAACCUGAAGUUAGGUGAUGCAGGCGGCUCCGCCGCUGGCGGCGGCCUUCCAUUGCAACAGGAAGCCGUCACAUCUGCUGCGACGGCCCCGCCCCCGCCCCCGCCCCCGCACCAUGUUGUGGUGAGCGUCCAGGGCGUUCCGCCAUCCACGCGAUCUAGCCUUGGUCACGCAGCUUCCCCUAUGACGGCGCUGCCGCGGACAGGCACCGGCGCGGCAGCAACAGGUUUGCCUCGAGCGGCCGCAGCCGCGGCUGUAGCCGACAGCGCGCCGUGCUUCAGUCGCGCUAGCUUCGCAGCGCCCGUACCUGACAUGCCACUGGGGGCGACGGCCACGACAUUGCCUUGUGGCACCAGCCCCUUCGCAAGACUCUCCUUAGCGGCACCGCCGGCAGCUCUCGAAACAGCUGGGCGGCUGGACGGCCUGGUGGCGCAACCGCCACUGGCCUCCCCGCCGCUGCCUUCUGUUGGUCCUUUUGUCCGCCCCAGCCUAGGCAUGCCGCCACCUGCAGGCCCCGGGCUCCCCAGCCGCUUCGCCCGGCCAUCUAUGACCUCCCAUCGACAAGUGAUUGAGCCGUCAGGUACGGCACAGUCGGUGCCGAUGGCGGCGGCGGCGGCGCUCGUCCCACCGUCAACGGCCAUCCCCUUCGCCCGACCGUCGCUGGGCGUUGAGCCACGUUUGGGCUCAGCGGCGCUGCUGGUGGCGGCGGCAGUGCCGGCUCCGGCGCUGCCCCCGCGGCCGCCGCCCUUGUCCGGGCUGCCUUAUGCGACCCCGCUUGUUAGUCCUUUCGCUCGUCCUACCCUGGGCACUUCAGCGGAGCCGGACAUAACAGGACUGAUGCCAUCACCACCGGAGAUGCCGCCGCCGCUGCCGCCGCCACUGCUCAGUGUGAGCGCCCUGCCAUCAACGGCGACUGCUCCGGCCCUCGAACCAAUAUCGUCUGUGGGUGCUUGCGUCUUCGCCCGCCCUUCGCUGGGUGCCCAGACACAUUACGAAGCACCGACGGCAGCGGCGGCGGCAGCGGUGGCGGCGCCGCCCGCUAUAGCCCCAGGAGGAAGCCCAUUUGCGAGACCGACACUGAACUCCUUGGUACAGUGCGGUGCGGCAGCGGCGGCGCCGGCGGCAUUUCCGGUGGCGAUGGCGUCAACGCCCACGUGGGCGUUGACGCCCACGCCAUCCGCUAUUGCAACUGGCCGCUUCGUACGGCCCAGUUUAGGAGCGCCAUCUCAAGAUACGGCGCCGCAGCUAGGACAGGAUGUUUGCCGUACUGGCGGCCCCGCCAGCUCCAUUCCUUCCUGCCCUCCCGCAAACGUCGCCGUCGCAGCUGCUUCCACCUCCGUCAGCCAAUUCUCAGCCUCCAGGCCAACGCAGCCUUCGCCCUUCAUGAGGCCCAGCCUCGGGACCCCUCCAGGUGGAGCAUCCGUACAGCAGUCGUAUAUCUACGGCGCCAUUGAACCCUCACCGAUGGCUUCUUCCUUCCUACAGCCGACCCACGGGUCCGUUCCGGGCCGUCCUUGCGCCAACCCGGAUUCCAGCUUAGGACUCGCACCGCCGCCGCCGCCACCGCCGCCGCCGCCAAUGGUGUUACUGGGCCCCUCAUUGCCGGCGCUGCCCGCCCCGUCGGCGGCCUUUCCGCUGCCCGCCGCUAUCUUGCCGUACCAUCAGACGCCGUACCAGUUGCUGCAGGUAGUACCAGCCAACGCCUCCUCACAGAGGGAGUCGCGGUCACAGAACGUCGUAGCUGAGGAAGCACUUUCCCGGGCAGGCCCCGGGAGCCGUUCAGAGAUUACCCCCUACGAUGACGGUGAGGAGAAAGGAAGUGCGGCGGCAGCUGAGGGGACGUCGCAGGCAGGCAAGCCGACGGCAUGGCACCUGUUUGAUGAGGCAUGCGGCACGAUGGGUCCGUAUGGAGGGAGUCGUACAGAGGCGCCAAGGGGCGAGGUAGCAGGAGGAGGAGCGCCGGGUUCGCUAGGACAACUGUCCCAACGACCUUCCCAGCAACAGCAGCAGCAACAGCAGGCGGGCGGAGGCGCCACCGGGCAGCCGCCGCUUCCACAUUCGCGGCUGCACCAGCAGCAGCAGCAGCAGCAGUGGCUGCAGGGAACGCUACAGCCGUCCUCACCGCUAGGUGGUGCAGCUGCGGCUGGUGGUGGUAGCGGUGGUUUCGGAGGUGUGUUAGGUUCCCCGGUUCUUGCUUCUCUUGCGUCGGAAGCCUCCGCCGCGUCCGGCCGGCUGCUCAGCUGUGGCGGCAGCGCCGCUGCUCUGCCGGCGGCGGCUGCAGCAACGAUGCCGGCAUCGCUGCCGGUGGCUGCGCCCAUCAGCUGGCAGCGGCACGACGACGCAGUUGCUGGUAGCUUUGGUGACGGCGGCAGCGGUGGGGCCGGCGGCGCCGCUGCCGCCGUCCCGCUGGGAUGGUCUUUGUCGGAGGGUCCCGUUCACCGGCCGCCGGCGCCGGUGUCAGCGUCGGCGUACACAAGGCAUCCGUACACAUCGAGUGAUGGCCUCAGCCGGUCGCUGGACUCAGCCGCACUAGCUGCGCUCGCAGACGGGGUGCCGGGCGGUACUGACUAUUGCCACGGUUACGGACACGGACUUGGCCCACAGGGGGCCCCCGGGGCGUGGCGCGACGCGCCGCCAUCGACCACCGCCGCCGCCUUCACCGCCGACGGGAGCUUUUGGGUCCAAGGCAACGGCAACGGCGUGCGACGUCCGGCCAACGGCCCCGGCCCGUACUCUUCCGGCCACCUGGGCUCGUCGCUGCCACGGUCGUACAACACGCCAUACACGGCCUCUAGACCGCGGUCGACGGCACGGCUUGCAGCGCGGGGUUCGCACCAGCAGACCCCGCUACCGUCGCCACUGUCCCUUGCCGCCGGCAGCCCCUCAUCCUCCUCCUCCCGGCUGCCGCCCAGGUUCCAACGGGACAGCCUGGCCACGCCGGAGGCUGGCGGCAGCAGCGAUGCCGGUGGCGGUGGCAGCAGUACGGCACGCUCCGAUGGAGACGCUGUCCAGCCAAUUGCGGAUGCGCGAAGGAAUGGCCUGCCGCCGCCGCUGCCGCCGGAGCAGCAGGAUCCGCGUAAGGUUGAGCCGCGGGGCGUUGGCGGCGGCGGCGGACUACUAAGAGCCUUCCGAAACAAGGUAGCGGCAGGGGGUUCGCGAAGUCGGCUUGCAGCAACAGCGGCGGCGGAGGCGCCGCGGGCACCGCCUUCGGGUCCAGCGGUUUACGAUUCGGACCGGGGCCAGGAUAGUGCAGGUGGGGAGAGCGGCGACGACGGCGACGGCCGCAGGCAGCGGCUGCAGGCACCGUCGUUUAGCCGCCGCGGCGUCUCUUUUGGGACAGGGCUCGAUGCCGAUGAGGACGAUACCUUCAAUGGAUUCGGCGAGUUCGAUCGCGACCUUGAAGAUGUCAGCCACAGGAGCCGGGAGGGGGCCCGUGGCGGCGGCGGCGGCGUGAGACGCCUAAUCGCCGCCGGCAGCCUUACGGCGGCGCUGGACAUGCCUCACCGGCACCUCCACUACCAGCACUAUGGGGCCGGCGCGAUGGCGCCUUCCGUGCCGCAGCUGCCGCCAGAACUAUUAUACAUGUCGAGCUCGGCGCCGUCAUACCUGACGCCCGCCAUGCUUGCUGGCAGUCCCUACUCCGGUGGCACCAACAUCACCUCCGCUGCCGCCGCAGCCGCUACGGCAGUAGCAGCGGUACCCGCUGGUCCUUCCAGUUUCGGAUCUCGUUUUUCCCGUGCCGCUAUGGUCGUAUCCCCCGCUGCCGCCGCAGCCGCCGCUGGCGGCGGCGGCAGCUACGUAAUCGAGCAUGCGUUCGGCGCUCCUGCCAGUGCCACUGUCGGCGUCGCUUCCGGCAGCGGCGGUGGCAGCCUUGGCGGCAGCGGUGGUGAUUCUUUCGAUGAAGCGCUGCGGCUCGGCAAAUGCAGCCUGUCUACAGUGCUGGAGUCGGGACCCAGCUUCAGCCAAGCCAGUGCGACCCGCAGCAGCCAGGGCUCAGAGCGCCUCCCGCCAGCAUCAAGCGGCGGCGGCGAGCAGAGCGCCGCACCGCCUUUUGGCCGCCAUUCGCACCGCAGCCUGGGCCGCGGCUCAGCCGGCGCCAGCGGGUUUCGUGAGCAAGCGAAUGUGGUCACUGGCAGCGGCGGAGGUGCGGCCACGGCCGCCGCCGCUGUACGGCUUCGCAGCAUGGCCCGGCGGACCCAUGGGUCAUCUGGUUCCCAGUCGCUGGGCCCCAGCGAGGAGCUACGGCAGCUACCGGCGGCGGGAGGAGCCCCGCCUGGGGCCCUAUGGCCGCUGCCGGAGGUGUCCACGGCGCCGCUGUCGAGCUCAGCGCCGAUGACAGUAGUGGCAUCGGUAAUGCAGCGAAUCGGUGUGCGCGCGGGGUUAGGGGGAAGUGCAGGUGUGUGUGCAGGUGGCGAGAGGCAGGGUUCGGCUGUGCCGGAGCAGGGUCACGGCCCAGGCCGAGCUUGA